AUGUUUAGUCUCGUGACUAGACAAUACACAAUCGACCUUAUACAACAUGGGGAAGUUAAGUAUUGUUGUUAGUUUAGUUUUAGCAUUUUCACUGACGUCUGCCAAGAAAUAUCAACCUAACUGGGAUUCGUUAGACUCUCGUCCGUUGCCAGAUUGGUAUGACGAAUCUAAGAUAGGCAUAUUUUUGCACUGGGGAGUGUAUUCUGUACCUGCGUUUGGUUCGGCCUGGUUCUGGUACUAUCUCCAUCAAGGCGUCCCUGCAUACGUAGAUUUUAUGAAAAAGAACUACCGACCUGGCUUCACCUACCAAGAUUUUGCAGCCCAGUUCCAUGCAGCGUUUUUCGAUCCUGAUGAAUGGGCCGACAUUUUCUUAGCAUCGGGAGCCAGGUAUGUUGUACUGGUAACCAAACACCAUGAAGGUUUUACCAUGUGGCCUUCCAAGUAUGCUUUCAACUGGAAUGCUGGGGAUGUUGGUCCAAAAAGGGACUUAUUAGGUGACCUACUGACAGCUGUACGAAGAAAAGGCAUGCGCUUUGGUGUAUAUCACUCACUGUUUGAGUUCUUCAAUCCUUUGUACCUCAAGGACAAGGCAAACAACUACACCACCCGCUCUUUUCCUACGACUAAGACAAUGCCAGAGUUGUAUGAACUGGUAAAUAAAUACCAACCUGAACUGAUCUGGUCAGAUGGCCCUAUGGGAGCCCCAGAAUCCUACUGGGGUUCUCUGGACUUUCUAGCCUGGCUGUAUAAUGAGAGCCCAGUAAAAGAUGAGGUGGUAGUAAACGACCGUUGGGGCAAUGAUACGGAGUGUCGUCAUGGAGGGUAUUGGGACUGCUCUGACAAAUACAAUCCAGGUAAACUUCAGCCACACAAGUGGGAGAAUGCUAUGACUAUCGAUCGCCACAGCUGGACACAUAGACGCAAUAUCAACUUCGCUGAUGUCCUUUCCCUCAAUGAACUCCUCACAGUCAUGGCCAGGACAAUCAGCUGUGGUGGUAAUCUGUUGAUGAAUGUUGGCCCCUCUUCCGACGGCCGUAUAAUUCCCAUAUUUGAAGAAAGACUAAGGCAAUUUGGUAAAUGGAUGUCUGUGAAUGGAGAAGCUAUUUAUCAUUCAAAACCAUGGCAUACACAACAAGACAAUAAAACAAAAAGUGUUUGGUACACUUCCCAGAAGUUAAUGACUAGCAAAGCCAUCUAUGCCAUAGUACUGGAAUGGCCCCAGAAUAACACUUUGAGUCUACAGGCCCCCGUACCCACCACAUCCACGACUGUUGAGCUUCUCGGCUUCCCUGGCAAGUUCCUCAAGUACAAGAUGGGACUCGGUACAAUGGACAUUCUGUUUCCAAUUCUCAACCCAGUCUAUCUGCCUUCUACUGAUGGCUGGGUCGUUAAGAUGAAGAAUCUCAAAAAUCAGUAACUAGUGAUCUUUUUUUCUACAAAACAGGGAGUUUGGAUGUGAGAGUAUUAUUAUGGUGCGAGUUGACUAUAUGUAUGGGUUCAUUCUGUUUACAUGUCAUAUUAGAAUGCAUUUAAUUCUGUGAGAAAGUGGAUGUCCCUUUAUAUUUAUUUUUUUUAUUACAAAUUUAAAAUUUUCAAGUAAUGGACAUUCAUCUCAGAAAAACCAUUGUACAGAUUUUGUUUGUGAUUUAUGUUUGAAGAUUUAAUUAGUACCAAUAUUAUUCAGUUAAAAGGAUAUUGAGAUUUUUCACUUUACAAGAUAAAAAAAUCAGUAGAAAAGUUUGAGUAGAAAAAGACAAUUCAGUAUCUAUUACUGCAGCAUUAUUUCAUUAUUGUUCCUUACUGAGAUUAUCCAGGUGAUAGUAGUCAGAUAAACAAAGCAAUAUGUAGUAUAUUUAAUCAUUGAAAAUUCAGUAUAAAUGGAAUAUUGGUGAUCUAUAUAUAGAUUUUUGUCUUUUCCUUUCAAAAAUUAUAUUUACAUUUAAGGAAUUGUUACCUUUUUGAUAUAAAUUUAUAAGUAUUUCCUUGUUUGUUUA